UCGGUAAACUGAAACUAAUGUUUGAUCAAACAAUAUUUAUAUAUUUAGAUAGGAAUUAACGAAUAUUAUUAUUUUUUUACACUGAAUAGAAUACAGAAAGAAUUAUGGACGAUAUAGAAAAGCUGAGUUGUAAAGAAGAGAUAUUAGAUGUAAGCGACUUGGAACAUUCUGCCAAUGAUGAACACAAAGAUACCGAUGACAAGCCGAAGAAGAAGAAGCGGAGACGCCGUGAAAUAGAUAUGAUAAAAUUGUCUGAUGAUGAUGAGACUGAUGACGAGGGGUUGGCCAAAAAGCUGAUUCGACGAUUGAGUCCAGGACCAAACUCCCCCGCAUCGCACAGAGAACCUCGUUCUUGUGUAUUGAAGGCAAGUCAGAAACGGCGUCCACUGUCGCGGCUCCUGGAACAGCUGCUACGAAAUCUGGAGAAGCGGGACCCUCACCAGUUCUUCGCGUGGCCGGUGAAUGAUAACUUUGCGCCAGGCUACUCCACAAUCAUCAAGAGGCCUAUGGAUUUCUCCAGCAUAAAACAGAAGAUAGAUGACAAUGAUUAUAAAUCACUUAAUUGUUUUAUUAGUGACUUCAAAUUAAUGUGUAAUAACGCUAUGAAAUACAACAAGCCCGGUACAGUGUACCAUAAAGCGGCGAGAAGGCUCCUCCACGCUGGACUGAAGCAGCUCACGCCGCAGAAACUGCGUCCGUUGGGCGACAUACUGACAUACAUGUACGAGAUACCGAUACGGGAGUUGGGGUUCGAUAUCGGGAAAAUGGAUGUGCACAAGGUGUUAAAACGCAGCAGUCCUCUCAAGAGUGGAGGGUCGGAGGCGGAAGUGGCGUCGGAUGGACAGGAUCGUCAAGACUCAGGGGAUAGCGUGAAGAUACAGAUGGAGGCCGCCAGGGAGCAGCACCGGCGCAGACUUGCCAAGAAAGCAUUCCCACGUAUGGACUCUGAGGGUAAAACGACACUGUGCCUGGUCACCCACACGGUGGACGCGACUGCUGAGGAGAAGCCCCUCACCCUGGGCCGGUACAUCGGAAAGCUGACGCAGGGCACCGGCUCAUUGCAUAGUUAUACAUCAGAAUAUCAGAUAGACUGUAAAUUUCUCGAGGGUGAACAGCUAAUCAGACAUAGUUUAGUUUUAAAAGUAACUGAUACAUCAUUAUACAAGGACCCGGCCGCAUAUGGAAUACUAUUAUUUAUUGAAAUGUCCAAGGGUGUGAACAAAACUACGGUCCGUUCAUUUACUAAAAGCCCUCCUACGACAAACCUUCGAACGCUCACCAAGGAGGAGUCGCAUCUCUUAUACCACACUUUACCAUCAGAGACGGGCCAGGGCAAUGAGGAGAUGUUGCGUUUUGCGGCAGACUCACCGUGGAAUCUCUUCUACGACAUGGAAGCAAUGUUUCCUGAUAGAAAACAACAAUCAGAAGCUGCAUCGCCCAAAGAAGAAAACGACAUAUCUAAAACUAAAGUGGACAUAGAGCAGCUGCGCUCGUUGUCCGAACUGGGCAUCGAUGUGGACUUCCUGAACGACCGCCGGAUCAGAGACGGGCCAGGCCGCCUGAGCGCGGAUGCUGCGUUUUGCAGCAGCGCUCACCGUGGAAUCUCUUCUACGACAUCGCGCACCUCGGUCAAUGUUUCACCUGAUAGGAAACAACAAUCAGAAGCUGCAUCGCCCAAAGAAGAAAACAUUUACAUCGCUGCGCCGCGCCACCGGCGUCAGCUCGCGCACCUCGGUCUAUGUAUCGUUUUCACUUCCGAUGGUCGCCCGAUGACCCGCCGCGCUCGCCAACAACGUUCGCUGGUGUGCCACCGCGUCACGCUCGCGCACCUCGGUCGGCCGCCCGCGUGCCGCCCGCCGCGCUCGCGACCCGGCCGCGCGCGCCGCGCCACCGGCGUCACGCUCGCGCACCUCGGUCAGUGUAGGGUCCCGGCCGUCACCUGCGCGGCAUGGCCGCCCGCGUGCCGCCCGCCGCGCUCGCCACCCGGGCCGCGCUGCGCCGCGCCACCGGCGUCACGCUCGCGCACCUCGGGUCCCGGCCGUCACCUGCGCGGCAUGGCCGCCCGCGUGCCGCCCGCCGCGCUCGCCGCCGCGCCGCGCUCGGUCAGUGUAGGGUCGCCGUCACCUGCGCGGCAUGGCCGCCCGCUGCCGCCGCGCCUGCGCCGCGCCACCGGCGUCACGCUCGCGCACCUCGGUCAGUGUAGGGUCCCGGCCGUCACCUGCGCGGCAUGGCCGCCCGCGUGCCGCCCGCCGCGCUCGCCACCCGGGCCGCGCUGCGCCGCGCCACCGGCGUCACGCUCGCGCACCUCGGUCAGUGUAGGGUCCCGGCCGUCACCUGCGCGGCAUGGCCGCCCGCGUGCCGCCCGCCGCGCUCGCCACCCGGGCCGCGCUGCGCCGCGCCACCGGCGUCACGCUCGCGCACCUCGAAACAUGUUAUGUAUUACAGAUACCCCAAUGGCGGUUGAUGACUUCGAGUUGGAGAUGCACGAACAACGCGACACCGUUAGCGAUUUAGACUCAAGAUCGAGCCACGACAAAUAAUUGCAAUAAAUAGACAAACGGAACUGAUUGUUUACAAUUUUUGUAUAAAAAAAUAAAAUAAAGUAUAUAAAAAUCUA